UGGGGAGCGGCGGUACCGGUACCUCCACGAUGCCAGGGAGCCUCUCCACGGCCCUGCGUGUCGUGGGGACCAGCCUCUUUGCCGUGGCGGUGCUGGGGGGAAUCCUGGCUGCCUACGUCACAGGGUACCAGUUCAUCCAUACGGAGAAGCACUACCUCUCCUUUGGGCUCUACGGGGCCAUCCUGGGGCUGCAUCUCUUCAUCCAGAGCCUCUUUGCCUUCCUGGAGCACCGGCGCAUGCGGGGUGAGGGGCAGCUGGUGCGGCCGGGGCGCUCCGUGGCCCUUUGCAUCGCUGCCUUCCAGGAGGAUCCCGACUACCUGACGAAGUGCCUGCGCUCUGUCAAGCGGAUCGCCUUCCCCGACCUCAAAGUGGUGAUGGUGGUGGAUGGAAAUGGCCCUGAUGACACCUACAUGCUGGACAUCUUCCAUGACGUGAUGGGCUCCGAGCACUCAGGCAGCUACAUCUGGAGGAGCAACUUCCACGCACAGGGCGAGGGAGAGACGGAGGCCGGGCUGCGGGAAGGGCUGGCCCAUGUCCAGGCGCUGGUGCGCAGCAACACCUACUCCUGCAUCCUCCAGAAGUGGGGCGGGAAGCGGGAGGUGAUGUACACGGCCUUCCGGGCGCUCGGAGACUCUGUGGACUACAUCCAGGUGUGUGACUCAGACACGGUGCUGGACCCCGCCUGCACUGCCGAAAUGCUCCGCAUCCUGGAGGCCGACCCCCGUGUUGGCGGCGUCGGUGGUGAUGUGCAGAUCCUGAACAAGUACGACUCGUGGCUCUCCUUCCUGAGCAGCGUGCGGUACUGGAUGGCCUUCAACGUGGAGCGUGCGUGCCAGUCGUACUUCGGGUGCGUGCAGUGCAUCAGUGGCCCCCUGGGCAUGUACCGCAAUGCCCUCCUGCAGCAGUUCCUCGAGGACUGGUACCACCAGACCUUCCUGGGCAGCAAGUGCAGCUUCGGGGAUGACCGGCACCUCACCAACCGUGUGCUCAGCCUGGGCUACCAGACCAAGUACACGGCUCGCUCCAAGUGCCUGACGGAGACACCCACGCGGUACCUGCGCUGGCUCAACCAGCAGACCCGCUGGAGCAAGUCCUACUUUCGUGAGUGGCUCUACAAUGCACUGUGGUUCCACAAGCAUCACCUCUGGAUGACCUAUGAGUCGGUGGUCACUGGGUUCUUCCCCUUCUUCCUCAUUGCCACCGUCAUCCAGCUCUUCUACCGUGGUCGCAUCUGGAACAUCCUCCUGUUCCUGCUGACGGUGCAGCUGGUGGGUGUCAUCAAGGCCACCUACGCCUGCUUCCUGCGUGGCAAUGCCGAGAUGAUCUUCAUGUCCCUCUAUGCCCUCCUCUACAUGUCCAGCCUGCUGCCCGCCAAGAUCUUCGCCAUCGCCACCAUCAACAAGUCGGGCUGGGGCACCUCAGGGCGCCGCACCAUUGUGGUGAACUUUGUGGGGCUGCUGCCAGUGUCGGUGUGGGUGGCAGUGCUGCUGGGUGGGCUGGCCUACACUGCCUACAGCCAGGACCUCUUCAGCGAGACUGAGGUGGUCUUCCUUAUUUCAGGUGCCAUCCUCUAUGCCUGCUACUGGGUGGCCCUGCUCACCCUCUACCUGGCCAUCGUUGCCCGCCGCUGUGGCAAGCGGGAGGAGCAGUGCGGGCUGGCCUUCACUGAGGUCUGA